CGUCACUUGGUGGUAACACAACAUGUGGUUUUUGUUAUUGCCGAAUUGCUGUUCAAAUUUUAAAAGUUGUUAAUUUAAACAAUUUUUGUGUUAACAUAGAGUUAAUAUAUCUAGGUGCUUGAUUCAAACUUAAGUUUUAUUGCUAAAAAUGGGCCGAAAAAUACCCGCUAAGAAACAUCGUGGUGUAAAAGAUCCUCUAGUUCAGCAUGCUCGGCGAAUGCAAAGCUUAAAAGACAAAAUAAAUGCACCACCCAUCGAUCCUGAUGAGCAACCAGUUCCGCGGUCGUUAUCUCGACUAUUUGCAUUUCAAGAUAAUGGGAAAGUUACAAAAAAGAAGAAGAAACUAAGUUUACCUAGUAAAGAAAGUAUCCAAAAAGGUGUAGGUGUUAAUCCCAUUACCCAGUUAAAAAAGUUACCUGGAGAGUCUGGAAGGGGCUUUUCAUUAAGAAUAAACAGUGCAAUACGAGCCCUUCAUGAUCCCAUCGAUGAAGAGGAGUAUCCACAAGACUUAGAACAUGAAGAUGUAAAAGGUGAACGAAUGUUCGAUCAACGUGAACGACGAAGGCGGAAAAAAAAGGGCAAACAGAAUGAUGAAGAACCAAAAUUGACACGCACUCAGAAAUUUGCUUUAAAAAAAAAGGCGAAGAAAGAAAAAGCUGCUGCUGAAGAAGAGAUAAAAGAAGUGGUUUAUGAACAUGUGGAAUUUGGUGACAUAACACAUGCUCCACCCAAUCUCACUGUACGGCCCAAGAUGAGAGGACAAGAUAGUACAUCAGUGGGAGCACCUAGACCUGGUCGUAAAGAGCUUUUGCUGAGCUCAAUGCUAUCUGGAAACACUAAAAAUGACAUAGUAAACGCGGCAGAUGUAGCGCGACGCGAACGAGCGAGGCUUGACGUUGUCGCAGCCUAUAGAGAACUCAAGAAACAGAAGAGGCUAGAAACUAAAACUAAGAAAAAAUGAUAAAUUGUGCAAAAUACUUUAUUAGUUAUUUAUUCUGCAAAUUCUUUUAUUAUUCUCCUACCAUCCUCUGCUUAUAUGAGUGUCUUCUUUUCAUCUUGGAACACAUUUCAAGGUGAAACAUCUAUCUUAAUAGAAUUGUAUGCAACUGUAUAAGAACGGAUAAUAAAACAUUGGCCGAAUAGUA